GCCCAGCCUUUAGCCUCCAGCCUGCCGCCUCUGUCUCCCUCUUGCCACCAACUGCCCAAGAGUGAGCAGCUGCAUUCACACAGCCGGACAGACGGACUGAUAGACGCAUAGACAGCCGACACACCAGCCUGCCACUAGCUGGCCUGCGCCUGCCGCUUCCCUUCCCCAGGCACAUUGACCAUGAGGCCCCUAUGUCUUCUCGUGGUUCUGCUGGCUCUGAGCCAGGCCCUGCCCUUUGAGCAAAAAGGCUUCUGGGACUUCACCCUGGAUGACAGCCUGCUGCUGAUGAACGACGAAGAAGCCUCGGGUGCCGGCACAGCCUCUGGUGUCCCGGACCUGGACUCCCUCACCCCAACCUUCAGCGCCAUGUGUCCUUUCGGCUGCCACUGCCACCUGCGUGUUGUUCAGUGCUCCGACCUGGGUCUGAAGACGGUACCCAAGGAGCUCUCGCCUGACACUACCCUGCUGGACCUGCAGAACAACGACAUCUCCGAGCUCCGCAAGGAUGACUUCAAGGGCCUCCAGCACCUCUAUGCCCUGGUCCUGGUGAACAACAGAAUCUCCAAGAUCCAUGAGAAGGCCUUCAGCCCCCUGCGGAAGCUGCAGAAGCUCUACAUCUCCAAGAACCACCUGGUGGAGAUCCCACCCAACCUGCCCAGCUCCUUGGUGGAGCUUCGCAUCCACGACAACCGCAUCCGCAAGGUGCCCAAGGGCGUGUUUAGCGGGCUCCGGAACACGAACUGCAUCGAGAUGGGCGGGAACCCCUUGGAGAACAGUGGCUUUGAACCUGGAGCAUUUGAUGGCCUGAAGCUCAACUACCUGCGCAUCUCUGAGGCCAAGCUCACCGGCAUCCCUAAAGACCUCCCUGAGACCCUGAAUGAACUCCAUCUGGACCACAACAAAAUCCAGGCCAUCGAGCUGGAAGACCUGCUCCGAUACUCCAAGCUGUACAGGCUGGGCCUGGGCUACAACCAGAUCCGGAUGAUCGAGAAUGGGAGUCUGAGCUUUCUGCCCACCCUGCGGGAGUUACACUUGGACAAUAACAAGCUGUCCCGGGUGCCUGCUGGUCUUCCGGACCUCAAGCUCCUCCAGGUGGUCUACCUGCAUUCCAACAACAUCACCAAGGUGGGCGUCAACGACUUCUGCCCAGUGGGCUUCGGGGUCAAGCGGGCCUACUACAAUGGAAUCAGCCUCUUCAACAACCCUGUGCCGUACUGGGAGGUGCAGCCCGCCACCUUCCGCUGCGUCACUGACCGCCUGGCUAUCCAAUUUGGCAACUACAAGAAGUAGAGGCAGGGGCAGCAGCAGGGGGUCUCCAGGAGCACUGCCAAUGCCCUGGAGGGGGCAGCUGGGAGGCGCCCACCCCACUCACUGCCCAUUCCGAGGGGGGCGACACAAGGGCACCCCUGUCAGCCACACCCCAUCCCAUGCCCCUAGCCUCGGAGCUGCCUCCGCCUGCCUGCCCCACGGCCUCGCAGAGGUGCCCUGGAAAGCCAUUUGUGUGAGGCUCCAGUCACAGGAGGCCAUCUGUGGGUCUUCGGGGGGCAGGGAGUCAGCAGCAGUGGAAACGUGCCUGUCACCGGCCCUGCAGCCCAUGCGAACCCUCUUCCUCUCGCCCUCUCCGUUCCCCACCCUCCUUGGUGGGCCUGCUCCCCUUGGCCUCCCAGACCCCUCUUGCCCUCCCCCCAAUGGCAAGCUCAUGACCCAUCCAUCGAAGUCAUCUUGUUCUCCUGGCCUCUGGACCCAUGUCUCUGUCUCAUUGUCUCUCUGUCUGUCUUGUGCUUCCUUAGGUGUGCCUUUCCCCAGGGCCCUAUGACCUGUCCCCCUUCCAUCUCUCUCGACCUGGCUCUGUCCUCCUUCCUCUCUCUCUGUCACCUUCUCUCUCUCUUGUUCUUCCCCUCUUCUUGAAGAUCCUGACCCUCUGGCUUGACCUGGGUCUGAUUCCUGUCUCUCCUGUCCCUUCCCAGGCCAGGCCUCAGACAGGGCCCUGCCCAAGCAGGCCUGGUGGGCAGCUGCUUCCCCUGAAGGCCUUGGUCAGGCCCGUCCAAGACAACUCCGCAGCAGGUGGCAGGUGGAGACACAGCACCCAUCCAGAUUGCCCAGGGGGUGGCCACUCUCCGCUAGGAGGCAAGAAGAGGAGGGAGAGGCUCAGUCAGGCUCAGUCAGACCCCAAGCCUGCAUACUGCCCCAUCCUCGCCGAGUGCUGGGAGAGGCCCUGCCCGCUCACUGCUGCCUCCUCCCUUGCUGUUCCCUCUCCCAGCCCUUGUUGGGGUGAAAGCAAGCAUUCAGUGCAAGGCUGGGCUGCCUCUGAGGGUGUUGGUGGUCUUUCCAUUAAAGAAACACUGUGCAAUA